UUACAAACUUGUAACUAAUGUUUGUUGAUUUUGUGGUUGUCGUUGGUAGUUAAAAUUGGCUAAUGUUUUUCUUGGAAGCGCAUUAAUUGAUUCAUUUUAGCGAGCUAAUAAUGGUAGGAUAAAGUGAAGUCAAGCGUGCCUCCAACCCCACUAGCAGCAGGAUGACGAGGCGUUGUGGUAAAUCUACCAUGUUGAUGGAUGAGGAGAAUCUGCAGAAGGCAAUAGUCGAGCAAGCAGAGCAAGAUCCUCAAGAUCAGGCUGGGCUUAUUGUCAAGGUGGAGGAAAUCCACUUCAAUGAAAUCCUUAAACUACGUCUGGAAUACAGAAACAUCCUGAUUAUUGACCACUUAUGGGAAUUCACAUCCUUGGCAAAACUGGAUUUGAACCACAACCUCAUAGAGAAGAUUGAAGGCUUGGACCGUCUGAUUAAUCUGAAAUGGCUUAAUCUGUCAUUCAACAGCAUCGAGAAAAUUGAAGGUCUGGACUCUCUGCGGAAGCUUGAAGUUCUGAAUUUGUCCAACAACAGAAUCUCUGUUAUUGAAAACAUGGACACACUUGAGAAAAUCACUCAUUUCUUCAUCGCUAACAACCUUAUUGAAAAGCUGGACAAAGUGCUCUAUCUCAGGAAGUUCAAGAACCUGUUCACUGUCAACCUAUUUGGAAAUCCUGUCUCAAAGGAAGACGAUUACAAAUUUUUCAUCGCAGCCUACUUUCCAAACUUGGUGUGCCUUGACUACAGAUUACUUGACGAGGAUACAAAAAAUGAAGCAUCUAUCAAAUACCACAAUGUCCUUGAGGAAAUGAAACGAGAGGAGCUGCCGAUGCAACAAGCUGAUGAGGCUGAGCAAAGCCAGGAAUCUGAAGUCAAAUUACACACGGAUGCCUUCGUGGAGUUCCUGAAUGGCUCUUACCUGUUUAAAAGCAUGUUUGAAGACGAUCCAGAGGCAGAGACACUGCACUGUGUGCCUGAAGUGGCUCACCUGCUUCAAACAUUUGAGCACCAAAUGGUGGAGCUGUGUAUGCAGUUAUUUGAAAUAGGUUUGGCUGAACAUAAGCGAAGAGAGACAGAGGUGAACUCCUUCUUCAGUGGUCAGAAUAAGGCCGUGAUGGACUACCAGCAGAAAGCGUCGGAAAUAUUGGAAACUUUUGAGCAGGAACAGAAAAAGAGGAUAGUGGAGUUGAAACAGUUAUCAGACCCAGACGUGCUCGAGGUCAAGAUCAACCACUACAACGAUGAAAUCAACCAACUCUGUAACAGCCUCAUGGCACUGGAGUUUCAGCUGGUCAGCCAGCUGGAGGAUAUCAUCAAAAAGUUGGACAUCAACAUCUCAGACAUAGUUGGCAACUUCAGUGAAACUGUUCAAGGGAUAUUUGCGCAAUGUCGAGAUCUGGAGGAUAGUUAUAAUGAGAAGGUGCGAAAGAUUGCUGUAGCAACUCUGGAGAAUGUGGCCAAGGACAAACUGGAUAAGGAUAUGCCAGAUGAUGUUAAAAUGCUGUUUACAGACAAAGACACAGUGAUGGAUGCACUGACAACUGGCCACGAUAACCACCUGCUGAAGAUCAAUGGCCGAGAGACUCAGUUGGUUACACGUGUCAAUGCCUGGAAAGUGGCCCUCAUUAAAGGGAUUCAAGACAAAGAACUUAAGCGGAACCGCAUGCGCAUCUCAGACAUCCACAGAUAUGUGGACCACUUGUGGGAGCAGCUGGAGGAGUUGCAGUAUCAUCAUCUGUAAAACAUGUUUCGCCAAAAACA